CUCUUCCCUUCCCUUCCCUCCUCUCCCCUUUUAGUGGUGUGUUUGUCCUUGUGCACUUUUGUUUGUUCUUGUGCACCAUGUCAGAUCCUAAGCUGAACCAGCUCUUGGAGGAGGUCAACAGUCUUGUCAACCAGGCAGAAGACAUGGAUGAACUCAAAAGGCUGCAUGAGGUCAUCAGCACUCAACAGGAGGCAGCUUCAUCCAUCCAGCGAUCCACCAGCCAGCCAUCUGUGAAGUGGAUUAAGAGGGACAGCAGAGGAAACAUUAUUUAUGGGAGGCCAAGAUUCUCCAGAAAGCAAGCAGUAGGUCUUAGCCACAGACAAACCGGAAAGACUGGUGGUUCCCUUUUCAGGGCUCCGGAAACCAGUGUGGAAAUGACCAAUGACUUUUCUCACAUAAACACUGAGUCUUUCCUUCAAGAGCUAAAGCACUCACUGGGUGAAGAUUUAGAUGACAAAGAAACACCAGCACAAGCCUCCAGUGAUUGGUCAGUGAGAAAAAGUCUUGUCUCAGGGUGGUGGGCGAAAGUGAGGCCCCGGUUGGUGGACAACAUGGUGGCUAAGCAGCAUGUGGCAAGUCCAGUCUGCCAGAAAUGUUACUCCAGUCCAGCGAUGAUCCAUUGUUGUGACUGUCGACCACAGCCCUUCCUCUGUGCCCAUUGUGACAUCAGCAUCCACAAGGCUCAAGUCUUCCACAACAGGGACUCAAUUAGAGAAGGCUUCUUUCAGCCAUUGCCUCCAACAUCCUGUUUUGUGGAGAAUGUUCUUACCCAGUGUGUGCGUCUUGUACCCUUGGAGAUGCCAGAGAGAAUAUGUAGCUGUCCUCAGAGAUUAAGUGUCAUCCACUGGAAAACCCAUUGCUCUGGUUACAAUGAAUGGUAA